GGGCUGGUGGGCGCCAGCGGCGCACGGCGGGACCCACGGAGCCCCGCGACCCGCCGAGCCUGGAGCCGGGCCGGGGCGGGGAAGCCGGCUCCAGCCCGGAGCAAACUUCGCAGCCGGGCGCGGGGUGGCGGGGACCCUGUUCGGAGCUGGAGGAGGGGGCGGCCGCGGGCCCUCCCGCUUCUGCUCCCGUGUCUCCGGGCACCAUGCUGUCCAACUCCCAAGGCCAGACCCCGCCGGUGCUGUUUCCCAACCCGCCGCCGCCGCCGCCGCCGCAGCCCCCCGCCCCGGCCCAGCCUCAUCCCCCGGGCCAGCCGCCGCCGCAGCCCCCGCAGCAGUUUCCCCAGUUCCAUGUCAAGUCGAGCCUGCAGAUCAAGAAGAACGCCAUCAUCGACGACUACAAGGUCACCACCCAGGUCCUGGGACUGGGCAUCAACGGGAAAGUUUUGCAGAUCUUCAAUAAGAGGACCCAGGAGAAAUUCGCCCUAAAAAUGCUUCAGGACUGCCCCAAGGCCCGCCGGGAGGUGGAGCUGCACUGGCGGGCCUCACAGUGCCCCCACAUUGUGCGGAUCGUGGAUGUCUACGAGAACCUGUAUGCGGGCAGGAAGUGCCUGCUGAUCGUCAUGGAGUGUUUGGAUGGUGGAGAACUCUUUAGCCGAAUCCAGGACCGAGGAGACCAAGCGUUCACAGAAAGAGAAGCGUCAGAAAUCAUGAAGAGCAUCGGUGAGGCCAUCCAGUAUUUGCACUCAAUCAACAUUGCUCAUCGGGAUGUCAAGCCUGAGAAUCUCCUGUACACCUCCAAAAGGCCCAACGCCAUCCUGAAACUCACAGAUUUUGGCUUUGCCAAGGAAACCACCAGCCACAACUCUUUGACCACUCCUUGUUAUACACCGUACUACGUGGCUCCAGAAGUGCUGGGUCCAGAGAAGUAUGACAAGUCCUGUGACAUGUGGUCCUUGGGUGUCAUCAUGUACAUCCUGCUGUGUGGGUACCCCCCCUUCUAUUCCAACCACGGUCUUGCCAUCUCUCCGGGCAUGAAGAGUCGCAUCCGAAUGGGCCAGUAUGAAUUUCCCAACCCAGAAUGGUCAGAGGUAUCGGAGGAAGUGAAGAUGCUCAUCCGGAACCUGCUGAAAACAGAGCCCACUCAGAGAAUGACCAUCACGGAGUUUAUGAACCACCCCUGGAUCAUGCAAUCAACAAAGGUCCCUCAAACCCCACUGCACACCAGCCGGGUCCUGAAGGAGGACAAGGAGCGGUGGGAGGACGUCAAGGAGGAGAUGACCAGUGCCUUGGCCACAAUGCGUGUCGACUACGAGCAGAUCAAGAUAAAGAAGAUUGAAGAUGCGUCCAAUCCUCUCCUUCUGAAGAGGCGGAAGAAAGCUCGGGCCCUGGAGGCCGCAGCCCUCGCCCACUGAGCCUCUGAGCCCAUCCGGCUCCACUGGAGGACAAGCAAUAACUCUCGACCUGAAUAUAUUUUUUAAACGAAGAGACACAGAACUGUCCACUUCCACCUCACCUCCUCCUCGGCGGCGUGGAGCCCUGAACCCUGUCGGCGGCUGCGACCCGCCUUUGGUUCCGGCCGCCUCAGGGAGGGAGAGGCUGGGAGGCGGGAGGCUGGGAGGCUGGGGGGCCGUGUGGAGAGAAGGGAGCAAGAUGCUCUUGAACCUGUGCUCAUUUUGCAGUUUUAUCAGUAAUUUGA